GCAGUUCGUGUAACUAUUAAAAAACUAUGUUGUUUUUAAUGUAAUCUUUUGCGUCAAAUGUUUUAUUGUGCGCUUUUUUAUUAAUUCGUGAUUUGUCGUUAUCUUUUGUUUAUCGCAUCGAUAGUUAGGAAGGUAAUUUUGCGGUAAAACUUAUUCGUUAAACAGUGUAUUUAUCAUACUUUUUACUUUGCAUAAUGAUAACGGUAUUUAUAGUUCUCGUGAACCAGGCGAGUAUAGAAUAUUGAACCGCAGAUAAUGAAUUAAGCAACAUAUAAUAUAGAUAGAGCAAAAGUUUGGUGAUUAGUUUAUGAAAUUAACAUCACAUACAUAGAGAUGAUGCGUUUAAAUCUAAAGAUCCGUGUUUGAUUAAGGGUACAAACACAUAUGACUGUCCUUCGACAGUUUGGUAAAACGGAUUAUUUGGUUAUUAUGUGGCCAUGACUUUAGUCGAAGCGAUAACGAGCAACGCUGUGUUAUCCAGCUGAUAGGAGACAGUCGAGUGAAGUUUGUGUCAACAUGCAAACGUUGAAGGUGCGACCUGUCAUUAGUUUGGCUACAGUCAGCAAAAACAUUAUUAGGAAUGCAGCAGUGAGUGCCGUCGAAAGUACACAAUCAUUAAAAUCAUGGAAGGAGAUCCCAGGGCCUCCGUCGUUGCCCAUUAUUGGUCAACUGCACCACUUUCUCCCUGGAGGAGUGAUGUCCAAUGUGGCGCUGAAGGAUUUCGCAGAUAUAUUGUAUAAGAAAUACGGGCCAUUCGUCAGGCUUGAAGGAAUGUUCGGGAGACCCGAUAUGUACUUCUUGUAUGACGCGGAAAUAUCUGCCCAUAUCCUUCGAUCAGAAAACACGAUGCCCUUACGGCCAGGAUUUCCCUCCCUUGAUUACUACAGGAAAUCCAAGGUGAAAGAAAAUGAGCCGACUGGAUUAAUUACUGACAAUGGUGAUCUAUGGAGGCAGUUCCGCACUACAGUAAACCCGGUCAUGCUGCAGCCAAAGACAAUCCGAUUGUACACCAACCAGCUCGAUGAAGUAGCCCAGGACAUGAUAAAAAGAAUGAAGUCAAUCCGUGGGGAUAACAACAUGCUCCAAGGGAAAUUUGACAUGGAAAUGAAUCUGUGGUCGCUAGAGUCAAUAGGCUUAGUAGCACUCGGUUGUCGCCUAAACUGCUUUGAUUCCAAUCUACCAGAAGACUCUCCAGAGAAGAAACUUAUUAAGCUGGUUCACGAAAUUUUCAAUGUAGCAAAUGAACUAGACUUCAAGCCUAGCAUUUGGAGGUACUAUCCAACGAAAACCUACAAAAAAGCUAUGAAGAUGUACGAGGAACAAGCUAACAUUGCCAGAUACUUUAUUGAUAAGUCAAUAGAAGAGCUAAAAACGAAGGGAAAGACGGAGGAUCAAAAAGGCAUUUUGGAGAAGUUAUUAGAUAUAAAUAAAGAAGUAGCACUCAUCAUGGCUUCUGACAUGCUCUUUGCAGGCGUGGAUACUGCAGCAAACUCAAUAACAGGCGUUUUGUAUCUAUUGGCCAACAAUCAAGAGAAGCAGGACAAACUGAGAGAGGAGUUGAACUCCGGUUCCGAAAAACGUCCGUACCUGAGAGCCUGCCUCAAGGAAGCUAUGAGAAUGAUGCCAAUAGUUGCCGGUAAUUUCAGGCAGACUACCAAAGACCAUAAUGUAUUGGGAUAUGUGCUACCAAAAGGGGCGCACAUAUCAUUUUUGCAUCAAACCAUGUCAAUGCAAGAAGAACAUUUUAAUAGAGCUAAGGAAUAUCUUCCUGAAAGAUGGAUUGCUUCAAAGGACGACCCUCUCUACCACGGCAAUGCACAUCCGUUCGCAUACUUGCCUUUUGGGUUCGGAAUUCGCAGUUGUAUAGGUCGCCGCAUAGCAGAAUUAGAAAUGGAAAUAUUCCUAGCAAGGGUCAUCCAAAACUUCAAAGUAGAAUGGUUUGGAGAACCGAUUGAAAUUACUCCAUCCUCUCUUAAUUACAUUACGGGUCCAUAUAAUUUUAUAUUUAAAGAUGUAUGAAUAUGCACCGAGAUAACGCAUAAACAAAAAUCGAUUUUAUUUAAGUAAAUAGGUAUCUAUUAAUUCUAUUCUUUUCUAUCUAUCAGUUA